UGUCAUUUGUCAAUAUUUGUGACAACUUUUAUGUAUAUUUUGGAUCAUUCAUUCUAAUUAUUUUAAUACGUGUUAAAUGAUAAGAUGGGAGAGAAAGUGAUUUUUUAGACUGCAGGAGUUAAACUAUUUGCUUAUGAGAAUCUUAAAACGUACUUAAUAUCUACGACAGCAGUGACCUCGUGAACCACAACUUGAAGGACUGUCGUGCAAUUUUUUUAGGUAUGUCGGUUUGGUCAGCCAGUACGGUUGGAAAUAAUUACCAUUACGCGCAUCCAGCCAGUCGCGACAGUCAAUCAAAUAACUGGUGUCCAAACUUAACUAAGUGAGUGUUGACCGGUCACCAUUCAUUCAGUUGAGCUGCAUUGAGGCCACUGCAAUUUUUCUUUUAUUAAAAACACAAGUGCGUGAUGUCGGGAGAGACGCCAAUACAAACCGACGAUGCUCUGCAUACACCGGCGUAUUUGUCCUGGAGGAAGCUUCAGCUAAGCCGCGCCAAACUCAAGGCCUCAAGUAAAACAUCAGCCUUGCUGUCAGGAUUCGCUAUGGUAGCUAUGGUUGAGGUGCAGCUAAACCAACCGGAGGACACGAAAGUUCCGCCCGCGAUGUUGGUAGCGUUCACAGUGUGUACAACAUUACUAGUUGCUGUGCAUAUGCUGGCGCUUAUGAUUAGUACGUGUAUCUUGCCUAACAUAGAGGCGAUCGGCAACCUCCACAGUAUAUCACUAGUACACGAAUCCCCACACGAGAGAUUACACUGGUAUAUUGAAAUAGCAUGGGCGUUUUCAACUCUGCUAGGUCUUAUUUUAUUCCUUGUUGAAAUAGCUAUACUCUGCUGGGUGAAAUUCUACGAUUUAAGUGUGACUGCGGCCUGGUCGGCGUGUGUUGUAUUAAUUCCUGUCAUGAUAGUCUUCCUGGCUUUCGCUAUACACUUCUAUAUGUCUCUAGCGACACAUAAAUACGAAGUAACUGUAACCGGUAUCAAAGAAUUGGAGUUACUUAAAGAACAGAUCGAAAUGGGUGAUCAUGAUGGUCGAAUGAAUAAUUUAACAUUAUUAGAACAAAGUAGAAUUGUUUGAUGAAAUAUUUUGUUAUAUCGGAUUGUUUAUCUAUAUAAGUUAGUUACGCUCACAGUAGCGUUUUUUUUAUUAAUUAAUCAUUGUUCCAUGAAUUCGCGUUGUUGUAACAAUGCAACACCGAAACUUUAUCUUUAGAUAUAGUUUACCUACUUAGAUAAGUACUUAUAAGUGCCAAUUAAUGGUCAUUGCUUUGUUUUAUUUUUAUAAUGGACAGUUAUAAUUUUUUUUUGUUAUAAAAUCAUUAUGUAAAAAGAUUAACAGUUGAAUCUCCUCAAAAAUUAAUUAUCUGUGUUUCUACAGUAUUUUAUUUCACAGUCUUUAAUACUGAACUGAUCAACGAUUGACUCAAAAUGUAGUGUAGUAUUUUUAAUGUUUUCUGAUAAUACCGUUCGAUGUAACUAACAAUACAGUUUUUAAACUUGAUAUAUGUUAAAUAAUCAAAUGCUCUUGCAUUUGCUUUAAAAUUUAUAUAAUAAAGACAAUAAUUUCAUUUACCAUCCUUGAGAUAAAGGACAAACUUAAAAAAUGAACUAAAAUAACAAUAACGAUGUAGUAUUGUUAACCUUAAAAAAGGUUUCAAGGCUGUAUAUACAAUCUAUCGGUAGUGAAAUCCCACGAUAAAAUCAAUCGAAAUAUAUAUAUACCAAUAUCCUUGUGGUAUUUAGAUAACAUUGACCUCUAUAGAUAUGUGAAAUUAGAGUCUUCUUUGUACUUUUCGGCUAAUUUUGUCUAUUAGUACGAGUUUCCAACACCGCUACAAUAGCGCCAAAAUGGCGAAACAAAUAGGGACAGAAUGCCAUGACUUAUAACGAGAAGGUAUUUACCAUCGAAAGAUUUGUUUUUUUUUUUAAAUACAAGAUGCAGUAGUAUAUUUUUCAAGACAAUACAGAUAUAAAGACGUUGUGUAAAUUCUUUUGAAACUGAUUUUUGUAACCGCUCUGUAAGCAGGGAAUGUAAGCACGCUGUGACUUAUUAAAUUUAAAAAUAUAAGAGUUACUUAAUUCAAUUUAAUGAAUUACUCUGUGAUAUAAUUAAUGACAUUGUAACGAAAUCUGUCAAUACCCUAUUUUACUAGAAUAAGUUUUUAUUUGUAGAAAGAUAGUUUAACAAAUAUUGUUAUAUACGAUCUGAUAUAGAUAAUAAACAAAUUCAAUCGA